AUGAAAACAGAGAACGGGAGGAAGAGCUGCCCAAUGACCCUGCUGGGAGUGUGCACCCUUUCCUGGUUGGUUCGCAAGUCUAAAAACUCUCUGAGCUCCAACCCCUCCCACACUGAAGAGAGCUGGUACCUGAGCUACAUAUCAUCCAGGAGACUCAGGAUGAAGGCUUCUGUCUGCUGGACUGGAGGAUCCAGACUGGAGACUGGCACCUCUCAGAUUCCUGUGAAUCACAAUCGACACAAACACAGUGAACAGAAGGAUCAAACCUGUCCUGACAACAAACAGGAAAGGGUUAGAGACACACCACACUCUGCUGGACCUGGACCUGGAAGUGGACCUGGACCUGGACAUAGACGUAGACCUGAACCUGAACCUGGACCUGGACCUGAACCUGUUGCAAAGAGGAGGAAACUGGAAGAACCUGGAUCCAUCUGUGUGUCCAUGAGGAGUGACGGGUCCAUAGAUCGUCCUCUACAAGUCAGAAGAUCAAGAAGGAUCCAGCAGCAGAGACCAGACUCUCCUGAACCCAGCUGUCUGUCUUUAAAGAGCGACCUGUCGAAGGAUGUUUUCAUUGAGUUUAAAGGGCGACGUCCAUCAGCUGAUCAGAUAGUGGACCAGGAGAGCUCAGAGGUUCCCAGUGCUCAGUCUGCCCAGCAGCAUCAAACACAGCUGGACUCCAUAUUUAUGCUGCUGGAGGAGAACAUGGUCACUUUUGUCAAGAACGAGCUGAAGAAGAUGCACAAGCUUCUGAGUCCAGAUUACCCAGAAUGCUCAGGGAGUCAGAGGGAGGAUGAGGAGGUGUUGGACGCUGAGGAUGAAAAUCAGAGGAGCAGCAGAGAGGCAUUUGUGAAGAUCACAGUGAACUUCCUGAGGAGAAUGAAGCAGGAGCAGCUGGCUGACUGUCUGCAGAGCAAAUCUCCUGCUAUGUGCCAACCUAUACUCAAAUCUAACCUGAAGAAGAAGUUCCAGUGUGUGCUUGAGGGGAUCGCUAAAGCAGGAAACCCAACCCUUCUGAAGCAGAUCUACACAGAGCUCUACAUCACAGAGGGAGGGACUGGAGAGGUCAAUGAUGAACAUGAGGUCAGACAGAUUGAAACAGCAUCCAGGAAACCAGUCAGACCAGAAACAACCAUCAGACAAGAAGACAUCUUUAAAGCCUCACCUGGAAGAGACGGACCAAUCAGAACAGUGAUGACAAAGGGAGUGGCUGGCAUUGGGAAAACAGUCUUAACACAGAAGUUCACUCUGGACUGGGCUGAAGACAAAGCCAACCAGGACAUACAGUUCACAUUUCCAUUCACCUUCAGAGAGCUGAAUGUGCUGAAAGAGAGAAAGUUCAGCUUGGUGGAACUUGUUCAUCACUUCUUUACUGAAACCAAAGAAGCAGGAAUCUGCAGGUUUGAUCAGUUCCAGGUCGUGUUCAUCUUUGACGGUCUGGAUGAGUGUAGACUUCCUCUGGACUUCCACAACACUGAGAUCCUGACUGAUGUUACAGAGUCCACCUCAGUGGACGUGCUGCUGACAAACCUCAUCAGGGGGAAACUGCUUCCCUCUGCUCGCCUCUGGAUAACCACACGACCUUCCAAUCAUCCUCACCUGGUCCCCACUUACUACCUGCCCCUGCUCUUCCCU